CUCCAAGCAUCUCUUCCGUCCAUGACUUAUUUAUCACCUGGCCUUCCAUCCCGUUUUUUCCUGUUUCUCCCUCCCCUUCUGCCUCGUCGCCUUUCCUCCUUGACGCGCUUUGUAUCCUGUUUCAUGGGCCUCGGUGCGUGAGCGACUGCAACCACUACACCGGACCGGAUCUGCCGUCAUCCGUCCCUUUCCUCGACAAUUUUCGCGCCACUGAGCGCAAGGCCCCUCCGACAUGGGCCUCUCCAAGACCAACAGGAUUUUAAUCCUGUUGGCGAUCGAUACAGCGUUUUUCUUGUUGGAGUUGAUUGCUGGUUAUAGUGUUCACUCCCUUGCCCUGGUCGCGGACUCUUUUCAUAUGCUGAAUGAUGUCCUGUCGUUGUGCGUGGGACUAUGGGCUGUCAAGGUCGCUAAUCGCGAAACCAACUCCAAAAUGUACACCUACGGGUGGCAACGCGCGGAAACUCUCGGUGCGCUGGUUAAUGGCGUCUUCCUUGUCGCCUUGUGUCUAUCCAUCUUUCUGGAGGCUAUACAGCGACUGGUUGAGCCUCAGGAAGUGAAGAACCCCAAAUUUGUGUGCAUUGUCGGAUGUCUCGGCCUGUUGUCGAAUAUAAUCGGCCUUGUUCUGUUCCAUGACCACUCCCAUGGGCAUGGACACAGUCAUAGCCAUGGGGACCUUGAGGAAGGCUCAGACGUUGAGCAUGAGCAUGCGGAUCAUGACCACGACCAUGAUCAUGUUCAUGCUGAUGGCCAAGGCAACUCGAUCAAGCAUACCGAACCCUCCCCCUAUUCUCGCCGACGCCGGACCCUUGACAGCCAACACCGUGGCUCGCGCCGCUAUAGUGGCGCGACCGCCCGUGGAUACGUCGAUGUGGAAGACAUUCAAGUGCAUCCCGCUAGCUUGAGACAGGAGAUUAUCGCAGCCAGUCGAAACCGUUAUGAUGAUGAACAGUCUGGAUCGGACAGCGAUCUACAGGAGGGCGCAGACAAUCGGCCAUCAGAGCGGUCAGCCCUCCUUGGCCAUGGCGAUCGCACAGGUAGAUAUACCGAUGACGCCGAAGUACCUGUCGCAGCACGAAAUGCUGCAGUCGAUGACGAUCUCCACAAAUCCCACAAUCACGCUCAACCUAAACCGAAGGAUCAGGGACAUGGCCAUGGCCACGGACACGACCUUAACAUGCGCGGUGUCUUCCUCCACGUGAUGGGCGAUGCGCUGGGCAACAUUGGCGUUAUUGCUUCAGCUCUUGUCAUCUGGUUGACCGAUUACUCUUGGCGGUUUUACGUGGACCCUGGCAUUUCGCUGGUUAUCACCGUGAUCAUUCUGCUCUCUGCCAUCCCCCUAUGCAAGGCUGCCUCGCGGAUCCUCUUGCAAGCAGUGCCACAUGGGCUUAGUAUUGACCAUAUUAAAGAGGACAUUGAACGGCUGCCUGGUGUCAUCGGCUCCCACCACCUGCAUGUAUGGCAGCUGAGUGACACGAAGAUUGUCGCUUCUAUCCACAUUCAGGUUGACACCGAGAUCAAGGGCGAAGGCUCGGAACGCUACAUGCGCCUGGCCAGGCAGGUGAGGAAAUGUCUCCACGCUUACGGAAUCCAUUCUUCGACGAUCCAGCCGGAGUUUGCCCCCGACAGCGACGCCGAGGAUACCCUUACUGCACCCUCGUACGCCCGUGCGGGCAGCACUGGACCCUCCACCUCAGGUACUCUUCCCAGCCGUACACCCAGCGUGCCCGAUGGCGAUUCGCAGGCGUGCCUCCUGGAAUGCGGCGAGGAGUGUGCCCGGGGUGGCCAGUGUUGCCCCAAGAAGUCACCGUGA